CCGCUCCAACACUCUCUUUCGCGCCGCCGCCGCCGCUGCCGGCAAUUUGCAGCGCGCUCAGUUUUAGUUUUAGUUAACGUAGCGUCGUACAAACAUAUGCGUCGUUUUUCGCGUCCGCCAGCAAUUUAUUUUUAAAACCUAAAACUAAACAAAAUUGUGUGUGCGGAGCAACAAAAUAAUUUUGCAAUUCGCAGUGCCUUCUUUUUUUUUUUGUUUCGGUUUGGUGAAGUAAAGUGCUGCUGCAGCUGAGGGCGGCUUGACGUCGUUUCCAAAACAAAGAGAGCAGUCAGACAGACAGCCAGCCAGCCAGCCAAACAUACAUACAUAUGCAAUCGUGUGUUUGUGUGUGUAAAGAGUCUAGGUGAAGUGCGAGAGGUAAAGCGCAGGCGAAGAAGAGAAGCGUAGGCUCAAAAAGCAAGCGGCACAUUGAUUUUUCAACGAAUAAGAAUAUUACAAUAAGCUGCGUACAACACACAACCGGCAAACCCUCCCCGCCCCUUGCCGCCGCCCGCUUCCAUAUACAACAGCGCGGGUUCGGCUGCGCCAUAACCUCAAAACAGCUGUUGCUGCAAUACAAAAGAGACAACGACAACGACAACGUGUUAAGCGUUAAUUGAACAAGACGUUAAGCGAUAAGCAAUAAGCAAUAAACAAUAACAAUCAAAUCAAAAUAGCUGCAAUGGAUAUUUCAACGCUGCACAAUGAAUGGGAUGAGCUGAAUCGUGAAUAUAACGAACUGGAGACAUGCAACAGACGCUACAUUGAGCUGCUGGAACAGCUGUACAGUCAUCAACAGAAAUGCUUCAACGAGAUCAAGCAUCAGCGUUAUCGCAUGAAUCAAAUAACGGCCUCGUUACGCCAAUGCAAGUCGCCGGAGGAGAAGGAGGAUUUGCAAAAGAUGCUGCUGAAGCGUAAGGCGCAGUUGCAUGAAAUUGAACAAUCGCUGCCUGCAAAAUCGGGUCGCUAUCUGCAGAUAAUACUGGGCGAUGUGAAUGUUUCAAUUUUAAACAGAAACGACAAAGUUCGCUAUAAAGAUGACUAUGAAAAGUUUAAAUUAAUACUCAACGUUAUUGGCUUGAUAAUGGCUUUCUUCAAUUUGAUAUUCAACUACAGAGCUCUGGAGCUGGCGUUCAUAUUCCUGCUGGUUUGGUACUACUGCACGCUGACCAUACGCGAAUCCAUACUCAAGGUGAAUGGCUCCAGAAUCAAAGGCUGGUGGCGUGCCCAUCAUUUCAUAUCCACCGUCGCCGCUGGCGUGCUGCUCGUCUGGCCCCAGGGCGAGCAUUGGCAGCUCUUUCGCAUGCAGUUCAUGUACUUCAAUGUCUACAUUAGCAUCGUUCAAUACUUGCAGUUUGGCUAUCAAAAGGGUUUGCUCUAUCGCCUCAAAGCGCUCGGCGAGCGUCACAACAUGGACAUCACCAUUGAGGGCUUUCACUCGUGGAUGUGGCGCGGCCUGAGCUUUCUGCUCCCAUUUCUGUUCAUCGGCUACGCCUUUCAGGCCUACAACGCCUGGACGCUUUACAAGCUCGCCUUCACCCCGCCCGAUGCGCCCUGGCACGUCUCUGUGAUGAGCGGGCUCUUCCUGCUGCUCUUCUGCGGCAACAUGGCCACCACUCUGUGGGUGGUGCCCGAGAAGAUUCGCGAGCGCGCCAAGGAGCGCUAUCGCCUCCAGAGCAUGGGCAAGUCCAUGAAGCUGCGCAAGGAAAUGAAGAACAGUGCCAGUGACUUGGAUCUAUCGAGCAGCACACAGGCCGCCGCACCAAGUCUGAGCAACUCCCCGCGCGUGGAUGCGACUGCGAAUCCCAAUCCCAAUCCCAAUCCCAUGCCCAAUGCCACGCCAAGCGAAGUGCCAACGGCAACGGAAGCGGAGAAGAAGGCAAACUAAGCAACCAACCAAGUAUAUGUGGCCAAAAGCAUUGUCAUAUAUUUUCUUAUACAUUUAAACUGGUUUUUCUUUCUUUCUGGCUACUACUUUUCCCCUUAUUUAUUAAUUCUGUCUACGUUUUAAGUUGGAGAAGUUGCGACAACUUCAAGCACACAAGGAUUUUUUUUAAAAUGUUUUCUUUGCUGCCAGGACAGUCGAAAGUGAACAGAGAGCUGUUUACAUUUAAAACAACUAUGUACAUUUAUUUUUUUCAUUAUCUAUAUACAACUU